AACGAGUUGAAACUUAAAACCCGGAUUCUGAAAUUGUAUUGAACCCUUUAUUGUUUGAAGAAAAAAGUGAUAGAAGAGACGAACAACUGUCGAACCUGCGCCUUGCUGAGAUCAAAUGGACGACUCAAUGAAGCAAUUACAAGAAAAGCUUAUUGAGGUUGAAAUUGAAGGUGAAAGUCUUUUAUUAGCUCGGCAACAGUUAGUUGAAAAUGAUAGAGUGAGGAAUGGGAACAGGGAAGCAUUAACUGCAUUGAGGAGGAGGGCUAAGACGACAAAAACUAGCGUUCUUACACCUUUUGAGUCAAUAAUGAAGGAUGUUGAAUCAAGACCGUUGGUGAAAGAGGUUUGUCCAACGUGUGGUAAUCAUGAUUCAAAGGAGAAGACUUGGGUCAUGUUCCCGGGAACUGAUGUAUUUGCCAAUAUUCCUUUCCAUGCUGCUCAUACCAUUCUGGAGAAAGAUCAAACUCUACUCGAUUACAAAGCUAAGAAACUUCAGAGCAUUGUAAAGGAGAAGUCUUUGUGGAUAUCAGAUCAAGGAGUUCUUGCAGAUAGGAUUAGUCCUGGUGUCCUCAGAUCUAUGGUGACCCUAAGUGACAAACCAAAAGACUGUGCAGAAUGAAUGAUCAACUUCAGUAAUAAUUGCAUAUGGGGGUAAAUCUUUGUACUCCCUACCUCUUGCACAUGUGCUCAUCUGUACUUAAAACACCAGCAUUUUUGUAUUAAAGGGAGUAUCCAUCCACUUGUAGCAUUUGCAUCCGUCAAGAAACAGGUUGUAGUCUGAAGGUGGUGAAGUUAUCUUUCUUUGUUGAUUAAUCAGUAACUCACAUGAGAGACUCUUUAAGGUGCUUUCAGCAGUUGGAUAAUUUAAGACUGUAAGAAGCAAUAUUAUUGACGGUAGAGUUAAUGUGUAGCUAGCUGGAAGAAAUCUUGAGUGGAGGUUAGUCAGUUUAGUUUAUCUUCGUAAAGUGGAAUUGACUUGUAAACCUGAAGGUGUAUGCCCCUUAUGGCAUGGGAGUUGUUUGUGAACAUGCUAUUAGCAACAUUUGAAAACCAA